AUGAACAUCACUCAGAUCGAUGUUUUUUCCGACCUCAGUGGUGACGAUGGCAUUUCGAAGUCGCAGGGAUCAGAGCCGGAACUGGUGGAGAUGCCGGAGUCGAUGAGACUGGCAGAGGUGAAGGCUGAGCCACAGCUGGCGAUGCAUUGGCAUCAGUAUGUGCAGCAGUGGGACUCAGAAUGGGUUUGGAGGCCGCACAAUCAACAGGAGGUUGAUGUGCAGAAGAUGUCUCCAAAUCGACGGGUUGGGGAUUGGGUGCUGGCACAGUUGAAGGUGUGGAUUGGGAGAAAAACCCAAGUGGAGGAGGGGGGGAGAGAGGGUUUUGGAGAGUGGAGAGGGUUGGGGGAGCCAGGGGAGCAAUGGAUUCCGAAGGGCCUGGUGAUGCGCGAUCCAAAUGAUAGCGUCGACAUAUUCACUUGUGGAGAUCAACCAUUGCUGGUGAUCAUCUGCAGCGACAGCCUAAACAAUCAUUUAGGGAGGAGAGGCCUUCACUGGCCUGGGGUUUAUUGA